GUCACAACCAGCCACUCUCCCACCAAAUGCAUCCACAGUUUCAGGAGCCAUCCGUGUUUGACAGCCGCACAGCACGAAUCUUUGAAAACCACAUAAUGCAGCAGCAGAUGAUGCAGCAGGCUGCUCAUCAGCAUUCGCACUGGGGAACACAAAAACAAGAACAACUCGGCACACCAUCCUACAUGAAAUCUCAGCUCCAGCCUACUAAGAGCCAGAUGCAACGACAGUGGCUUCACAGCCUCCAUAAGCUACAGCAGAUAGAGGCAUCCUCAUCGUCGCACCAUUUGCCUCGUGGCAAAGGCCCAGCACAAUCUUCACAAGAUCCCUUGGCUUCUGAGCAGGUGAAUAAAUCGGACCCUAAAAGCCGGCAACCUCAAGAGGCCAGUGCCUCACAAACGCACCUCUCGCAAUAUGCGAUUGACUUCUUGAUGGAAUCCGGACUAGUUCCCUUGAAGCUGCACCCGCUAGACACCAAGAUCACACUAUACUGGCGUGCUCCACUGACGAUCGAAGAGCAGAAUCUCGCUACUUUAGGUCUAGUCGCCAGCAAUAUGAAUUCAGAUCACAGGACCAGGCGCGCCUUGCCCACUCAUCAGACAUACUCGUCAAUGCUCGCGACUCUGUUCGGCAACUUUUUCAAGGAAGUUGCACGUCCCCGAAACUUUUUUGAAAGCAGAUUGUCGCAAAAAGCAGCGGCCAUACUCAGGCUUGAGCUUCAGAAUUUGGUUGCACGAGCAAAGCGCGAGGGUAAUUUUGACGAGAGAUAUAAACCUUUCGAGACAUUCUUGGAAGAACAUGACAAGAAGCGGAAACAAUACCUCGAGAGCAGAGCAAGUGCACAGAGGACUCAUGAACAGAAGAGAAAGGAAAAGGGUCAGGUUCCUUCCGAAGAAAUUUUAGCAGAGGAGACAAAGAUCGUCCGGCCAUAG